AUGAAUAUGUCGCUGCGUACAUUCUGUAUUAUUCCCCAUGAGUCUCGCGAUGAUAACUUCUUUGACGCCGUCUUUGAAGACGGUUUAAGGGUACUGCAUUCUGGCCGCUUACACUCGCUCUCUUUGUCGCAUGUCUUAAGUCCUGCCCACGAUAUUGUUGGCCAUGUAGUAGGCCCGUUGCUGGAACAGGUUCGACAGGGCGGUAAUGCAACCCUCAUUGUAGCGAUACCGGAUGAUGAAAAUGGCGAAGGUGACGCUAACGGUAUGAAUAGCAGUAAUAGCAGCAACAAUACUGCUGCCUAUGAGUCCCAUAAUGGGGGAGGUAAAAUUACAUCGGGGGAAGAAUUAGAGGUGGCAUUUGAACUCUACGCGCACUUUAUUCCGCUCCUUUUUCGGGCAGCUGAGCAGUGCUGCUUUGCGCGUGUGUCUGCCGUUGCCUUCCGCGUUGAUGGUAAAACGGUGUAUGAUCUUCUUCAGCAGCGUGAGGUGCGGGGGGUGGGGGAGGCGCAGUACCACGUGGUGGAGCGCGAGGGGUCCUCGUCGCGGUGGGGGGCCAUUCUGCGGUUCCUGCAGGACUUCCCGCCCGCCCUCGUGGGGCCCUCCUCCUCCUCCUCUUCUUCUUCUUUCUCCUCGUCGGUGGUGGUGGUGCGGGUGGAGCUGGCGGGGUACGGGGCGGUGGGGGUCGUGCGGGCCGGCGGUGGGGCCGACGCCCUCCAGCAGUUCGACCGCCUCCUCCGCAGCGGCGGGGGCCGGACGUUCCCGCCCCGCGGGCCCCUCACCGCCGCCCUCCGCAACGCCGUCCCCCCCGCCGCCCGCACGCAUUUCGUCGGCAUCCCCACCCCACGAACUGCCCCACGCGGCACCAUGCGGCUGCUCAGGUGUAUGGCAGAACUAUGCCGCGAAACAGUGGCGACACCACGGGGGCAUGCAGCAUCGUUAAACGAGUCAGUGAAACCACAAAAAGAGGAGGAGGAGGAGGAGCAGCAGCAGCGGCAGCAACAACAACAACAAUUGCAACAAAAACAACAGGUGAAGCAAAAGGAUCCGAAGGAGCAUCCCUACGCAUGGAGUGGGGAGUUGUUUGUAGAUCCUUCACAGUGUCUGCGUCCGAUAUCAAGUAAGAGAUGUAAUACCCACGGACCGAAUUGGGAUUGGGGCACUGCUCGACCGGAGCAUACACCGCGAGAUGGCAACAUAACGAAGUCACAUACUUCUCCCAUAUUAGUGACUGGGGAAGAAAAAGAAAAAACUGUAGAUAAUGUUACAUCCCAAAACUCAAGGGAGCAAGCUCUUGUUAGUCGUGCGGCGGCACUAGAUCGUACAAAUCGUGAACUUGUAGCAGCCUUGUCAUCGGCGAAGGCAGAAGUGAAACACUUAAUGGAGAUGCAGCAGGUAUCGCAGGAGGCUCUACGGCAGAAACAAGACGCUCUUCUUUCUUUGACAGCAUCUAGUGAAAAGGCCAAAGAGGAGAAUGUAGAUUAUGCAAAGUUGGUGCCAAGGUUACUUCGUAAAGUGAAAGACCUAGAGAAGGAACGAGACUCCUUGCGAGAAACUAUAAAAGAACAGGAAGUUAAGAAUAGUAACAUUCAGGAGGCAUACCAGAAAUUACAGGAUCAAUUCCAGAGACUACAAAAGGAGAUGAAAGCCAUGUCUAAGAAAGAAACACAGCGUCUACGGGAACAAGCCCUUAAGCGUAUUGGAACUACAGAAGACAGGAACGAAUCUCUUAAUAAAAGUCGCAAGGGAAGUUCUCACAUACAGACCCGUAGGAAGUCUAAAUCACCGGUAGUUGAAUCUAGCAGACGUUCAAGAAGCGCCUCCAUAACGCCACCAGUGGAGAGUGGUUCGUCGCUUCUUGAAGCAAUUGAGGAACUUAGAGAACGUAAUACUUCAUUAGAGACUGAGCUUCGAGAGCUUCGAAGUCAAAAAACUAUUGCAGCUAUUCCUACUUCUGAUUGUAAUAAUGGUGUUAAUCAUAUCCGUAAUGAUAGUAGUAAUUUGGCUCCAGGUGGUGGUAGCGCUAAACCAGUGGUUAGGUGUUCUUCCUGUGACUUGACAAAACGUCACCUGCAAAGACUCUCCGAGGAAUUUGAACGCACUUGCAAAGAAAAAGAGCGCCUACAGUGCCUCCUUACUGACCGUUCUUUUCAAUCAUCUAAUCUAUUAGGAGGAGUAACGACGACGACGACGACACCAACAACAACAAAAGCAUUACGAGAUGCGGUUAGUAUUGUUGCUACUUCUAUCAUGGCUGGAUGCGAGUCGUUACGAACGCAAUUAGAACAUCUUGAGACCGAGGUUCAACGUCAUGGACGAAAAAGUUUUCAAGACUCCUUUCCAAGCGGUGUAUUCCGCGAACACAUGGAAGCCUUGGCUGCAGUGUCUGCAGCUGUGCAAGACAUUAACAGCAGACGUUAUCGUGGAGUAGAGAAUUAUGAACGCAUAGUUCCUUCAUGUGCUACAGCAGCGGAUACUGAGCAGAUGUCGAGUGUGCUUUCUUUUGAAGUGGAACGUGGGACUCGUCUGCGUGCCUUUAUACCAACGUUUGCUCAGCUUUCUGUAGCAACAGAACACCUGCGGAUGCGUGUUUUUCCUGCAGAAUCUUGA